CCAACAGGGAAGCGCGGAGCCGCAGAUCUGGUCCGUCGCUGGCCUGGGUGCCGGGAGCUGAGCUGCGGCGAGGCCGGGCUCGAGCUCGACAACCCGUGGGGGGUGUGCGUGUGCGCGCCGCGGAGGGUGCGACCCGGGGCCCUCGCCGCCGCCGCUGCCGCCGCCGCCGCCGCCGCCGCGGGGAUCCAAUAUCAGCUACCUGUCCCUGUCACUCUUGACACUUCGCUGUCAGGGCUGCGCGCCGGGGGCGGGCAGAGCGCGCUCGGCGUUAGCUUUCCUUAUUGGAGGGGUACUUGGGGGAGGGAGGGAGGGAAGAAAGGGGUCUUUGCCCACUCUGGUUUCGCUUUGGAGCUUGCAAGCCUGCUCCCCAAAGACGCUCCGAGCAGUGCCCUCCUGCCCACGGCCGAAUGGCUCCGUUUGCCCGCUGACUUUUGGCCGCCGACCCUUUCGCUCGAGCCUUCCGAAGGAAACGGGGCGGGCUCGGCUGGAGGACUCCGCGAGGGUUGUGUUCCCUGGCUGUGCCCGCGGCAGCCACCGCGGAAAACCUCCGCGCUUGGAUCGCAACGCGGCGGCGGCCCAGGACUCAUAGGACGGCGUGCUCCUUCGUCCAUGAACGGCUUGAAGGGCCCGCUGCACUUAGAGCCCGGAGCAGCAGGGACCAAGCUGUUGGCCGCCUCCUCGUCCUCCUGUCACCAUCCCCAGCCGCUGGCUAUGGCUUCGGUCCUAGCUCCCGGUCAGACCCGCGCCCUGGACUCUUCCAAACACAGGCUGGAGGUGCACACCAUCUCAGACACCUCCAGCCCCGAGGCCGCAGAGAAAGAUAAGAACCAGCAGGGAAAGAAUGAGGACGUGGGCGCCGACGACCCGUCCAAGAAGAAGCGGCAGCGGCGGCAGCGGACUCACUUCACCAGCCAGCAGCUGCAGGAAUUAGAGGCCACUUUCCAGAGGAACCGCUAUCCGGACAUGUCCACACGCGAAGAAAUCGCCGUGUGGACCAAUCUUACGGAAGCCCGAGUCCGGGUUUGGUUCAAGAAUCGCCGGGCCAAGUGGAGAAAGCGAGAGCGCAACCAGCAGGCCGAGCUGUGCAAGAACGGCUUCGGGCCGCAGUUCAACGGGCUCAUGCAGCCCUACGACGACAUGUACCCGGGCUAUUCGUACAACAACUGGGCCGCCAAGGGCCUCACGUCGGCCUCUCUGUCCACCAAGAGCUUCCCUUUCUUCAACUCUAUGAACGUCAACCCCCUGUCGUCACAGAGCAUGUUCUCCCCGCCCAACUCCAUCUCGUCCAUGAGCAUGUCGUCCAGCAUGGUGCCCUCAGCAGUGACCGGUGUCCCGGGCUCCAGCCUCAACAGCCUGAAUAACUUGAACAACCUGAGCAGCCCAUCGCUGAAUUCCGCGGUGCCGACGCCCGCUUGUCCUUACGCGCCGCCGACUCCUCCGUACGUUUAUAGGGACACGUGUAACUCGAGCCUGGCCAGCCUGAGACUGAAAGCAAAGCAGCACUCCAGCUUCGGCUACGCCAGCGUGCAGAACCCGGCGUCCAACCUGAGUGCUUGCCAGUACGCGGUGGACCGGCCGGUGUGAGCCGCGCCGAGAGCGCGGGGAUCCUAGGACCGUGCGGGACCGGGCAACUCUGCCCUUGAAAGACUGGGAAUAACGAUGGAAGGUCGUGGGCACUAAAGAGAGGGAGACAAAGAGAAGCUAGAGAGAGAAAAGGAAACCACUGAAUUAAAGAGGGAGCCCCCUUGAUUUCAAAGGAAUUUCCUCAAUGUCUGACAUCUUUCACUAAAAGUAUUUCCAACAGUUGCAAGGACACACACACACAGAUGUUUGACUGAAUAUGACAUUUUAACAUUACUAUAAGCUUGUUAUUUUUUAAGUUUAGCAUUGUUAACAUUAAAAUGACUGAAAGGAUGUAUAUAUAUCGAAAUGUCAAAUUAAUUUUAUAAAAAGCAGUUGUUAGUAAUAUCACAACAGUGUUUUUAAAGGUUAGGCUUUAAAAUAAAGCAUGUUAUACAGAAGCGAUUAGGAUUUUUCGCUUGCAAGCAAAGGAAUGUAUAUACUAAAUACCACACUGUAUGUUUCUAACAUAUUAUUAUUAUUAAAAAAAUGUGUGAAUAUCAGUUUUAGAAUAGUUUUUUUCUGGUGGAUGCAAUGAUGUUUCUGAAACUGCUAUGUACAACCUACCCUGUGUAUAACAUUUCGUACAAUAUUAUUGUUUUACUUUUCAGCAAAUAUGAAAAAAUGUGUUUUAUUUCAUGGGAGUAAACUAUACUGUAUACAAA